AAUGGAAUGGCCUAAAAUGAGGCAACUCCACCCACCCUGCAAAACUAACUCGAUCAAUGUCACCAGCGCGCGUAGUCGGGACUGGAGCCUGUGAUAAGUCUCUCUGUUCCUGUCAAAAACACAGCUGAGAAAUCGAUCCAGUUGUUGCUAUAUGCCCCAUUCAUCUGGAGGAGGUUUGUCGAAUAAAACAAAUUAGAUUUUUAUCUCGAGCGGAUCGUAUAUCAAACAGACGGGGAAGUUUUGAUUUAUACCAUCUUGGACUAGUCCUUGGACGGAAUAUUCCUAUCUAGAUUCUACAGGAAGACUGUUUUGAUGUCUGCGCGGCGGGAGUCUCUAUGGCUGUGUGGACACGUCACUCUGGGCUACGGGCUCUUUCUCCUGGUCGCCCUUCCAGACCUCGCCACAGGCAGGCUAGGGAACUGCAGCCACCCUCUAGUGCCAGAACACGGGGGCUUCCACUGCGAGCCCUCCCCCUGCCGAGGCUUCCCACAGAAGAGCUUGAUCUACUACUUCUGUGAGCCCGGCUACACCAUCCCAAAAGAGGUGCACAGCUCGCGCUGCCGCCACGGCAAAUGGAUCCCCAGCGUGCCCACCUGUCUGUCCACACCAGACAGACAUGUUAACUAUGAGGACCAGGUGGCACACUCACUCCCCAGCGUUGCCACGACGGCGGUGGGAGUGUCCAUAUUCCUUCUCACCACCACGGCCUGCUUGGUGAUCAAGUCCCGCCUUUUUCCCUGUCACUCACACAGCAGGCGCUCCUCUGACCAGAUGGAUCUGAUGGUGGAUGGCCUGCCUGUGUCUCUGCCCACCUAUGAGGAGGCUGUCUACGGGAGCUGGGGGCAACACCUGCCCCCCUGCAUAGGGCCCACCCAGCUCCUAUUGGCCCAGGAGGCUCCAGGUCCAUCAUUAGCUCACAACCAAUCAGAUUCCAGUCACCUUAUCCAUCAAUCCAAUCAAAGCCCCGAGAUCCUUCCGCCCCCUUACGAGGAGAUCCAAUCCCGUCCCAGAGAGAGUCAGAGUGAGGUGGACGUGCGGGCCAUACAAGUUGCACUUCCCGAUGACAAGGACAUUUGAGUGGCUGGCGUAUUUGUGUUACACACCAAUGAUGUACUGACUUGUAAAAUCAUGUGCUCAGGCACUUAUAUGGAUUCAAGCCUACCAGCAUGGAUCGACUUUCUUUUCAGCUUUUAACCUUAUACAUAGCACACCAGUUCUGAUUGGCUAUUUGUAAUGUUAUGAGAUGUAUCCUGCCAUGGAGACAUGGUUUAUAUCCCAUCAGUGAUGGGACCUGAGCCUCAUUUGUUGAGGUGACUUUGGUAAUGCCAUUACUGUUACAUCACAGGGACCUGCACGUCCUUCUUGUUGGUUUAUGAUUUGCGAUGAUGGCAGAGUUGUAGCGUCGAUAUAGGAACCAGCAGACCGACCCUGUUCCCACCUUGCACCUCUCCCCUAUCUGCUUAGAAUUAUUGACCAGUUUGGGGAGACUUGGGGGUAGAAACCCCCAGAAUGUACUUAUUUGUUAUAGACAUUGAAUGUAGUUGUUUCUCUUUUUCUUUUCAAUAGAAAAAAAUGUAAUGUAUGUAAUGUAACAUUUACAUAAUAUUGCAAUUGUUGCAUUGCACAGAAGACUAAAAUUCAACAUUGUUUCUAAUUGUAAAACCUCUUUUCCUUACUCAGUUAUGGUGCUCUCUGGGAAGAAUUAGUCAAAGGAAAGUAGAUCGCAUGGUUGAUCUGAGACAGUCUGCACCCAAAUGGCACUCGAUUACCUAUAAAGUGCCCUACUUUUGACCAGAGCCCUAUAGGCCCUAGUCAAAAGUAGGGCACUAUAGGCCUCCCGGGUGGCGCAGUGGUUGUGCCACCAGAGAUUCUAGGUUCGAGCCCAGGCUCUGUCGCAGCCGGCCGCGACCGGGAGGCCCAUGAGGCGGCGCACAAUUGACCCAGCGUCGUCCGAGUUAGGGAGGGUUUGGCCGGCAGGGAUAUCCUUGUCCUUGUCUCAUCGCGCACUAGCGACUCAUGUGGCGGGCCGGGCGCAGUGCACGCUGACCAGGUUGCUUGGUGUACGGUGUUUCCUCAGACACAUUGGUGCGGCUGGCUUCCGGGUUGGAUGUGCGUUGUGUCAAGAAGCAGUGCGGUUGGGUUGUGUUUCGGAGGGCGCAUGGCUCUCGACCUUCGCCUCUCCCGAGUCCGUACGGGAGUUGCAGCGAUGAGACAAGACAGUAACUACUACCAAUUGGAUACCACGAAAAAGGGGGUAAAAAAAGUAGGGAAUAGGGCACCAUUUGGGACACCAAAUGACGGUAAUAACCAGCUCAUGUUGAAUAAUUAAGUUAAAGUUCUAUGUGGGAAUUUCAGCUUAAAGCGGCAAUCAGCAGUUGAAACAAUAAGCCACCCCGUUUCAGUAAAAAGCUGAAGGAUGGGCCUGAGAAAUUUAACCACUCUCAAAUUCAUAGGCAGGACUAACCAUCCAUGAUAUAAAAAGUAUAGUUUUAGCCAAGUUGUAACAUGGGAUCUGACAUUCUGACCAACUCAUUCUUCUGUUAUGUUACUCAGAACUUUGUACAAGCAGGACGGCCAGGGCAAGGCACUGUGAGGGAAGUGGAGUAGACUCACUUUAACUUGUCAAGCCUGCUAACUAUGUCCAAAUGGAGAAGUACAACAUCCGCUUAUGAGGAAUGCAGAACUACUAUACUGACCUAUUUACUGGAAUCAGUUGAGAAAUUACUGUGUGUUUAUCCCUGAUUUUGAGGUUGUAGUUAGUGAAUGGAAAGACCCAUUGACAAAACAGUUGGUGCAUUAUGGUUGUUUUCCCAUAAAACAGUUUCAAGCAGGAAGUGAUAUGUAAUAGAACAUAGUUCCACAGGUUUUAGUCAGCAUCAGUGUGGGUUUCCACAAAUGGAUCAUGCACAGCAUUCUUUACCUUCCCUCUAAAGCAGGGGUGUCAAACUCAUUUAGCGGGGGGGGG